ACUUCUUUCUCUUUCUAUUGUCUUGGCAAAAAAUCAACCAAAAACAAAGUCUGUCUUUUCUUCUCAGAUCGAAUCGGGGCAGCUGCAAUCUAGGGUUCCGUUAAUCUCCCCCCUUACUUUACAUUACGAUCUAAUCUAGGGAGGGUUUUAAUCACCACAUCAAAUCCAGGGUUUUUAGAGAGGAAGGGAUGACGAUUGCUGAUUCAGGCUCGAUGAUGGAUAACGAAUCACUAUGCUUGCCUUGCACUCCAGAAGAUGAAUUAUCAAUUGUAAAAGAUUUAAUCCAAAAAGCUGAUUCUUGUUUGAAAGAAGGCAAUUUGUAUUUUGUUAUUUCCAACAGGUGGUAUAGAAAAUGGCAGAAGUAUGUGGGUGAGGAGACUGGUGAAUUUCAGUUUGAAGAGAUUUCUAUUGAUAAACAUGCUUCGCCAUUGAAAAAAGCAGUAGAGAGGCCCGAGCCUAUAGAUAAUUCAGAUAUUAUUUCAAGUGAUGGUGCCGAACAUGUGAGUGACUUACAGCUAUCUAGAACACUUGUUGAAGGAAGUGAUUAUGUUUUAGUUCCUCAAGAAGUUUGGGAGAAGCUUCAUGGAUGGUACAAAGGAGGACCUGCUUUACCAAGGAAGAUGAUAUCCCUUGGAAUUGCGGGCACACCUUCAGUUGAGGUGUACCCGCUAGCUUUGAAAUUGAUUGAUUCAAGAGACAAGAGCGAAACUAUCAUGCACAUAAGUAGAAAGGCUUCGCUACAGAAACUUUAUGAGCAGGUAUCUGCACUCAAGGGUGUAGAACUUGCAAAGGUACGCAUCUGGGACUAUUUUAAUGAUCGCAAGCAGGCGGCACUAGCUGAUUCGAAUCGAACACUGGAGGAGUCCAACCUGCAGAUGGAUCAAUCUAUUCUUUUUGAUGUGCAAGUUGAUGGUUUUAUACCUUCUGGUUCGGGCAUGGAUUCCACAGGAAAUGAGCUAGCUUUGGUUCCCAUGGAACCACAAAGAUCAUCUCGGACAAUAGCUGGUGGCCCAAGUUUGUCUAACGGUUAUGGGCUAGACUACGGCUCUAGUUUGUAUCGGGGAAGCACCCUAGGCUCUGUACUUACAGACACGGAGGAUGCAGGUAAUUUUGUGAAGAAUGCUCCCCGAGGAGAUAGAGGUUUAGCGGGACUGCAGAAUUUAGGAAACACUUGUUUCAUGAAUAGUGCACUUCAAUGUCUAGUCCAUACUCCACCUCUCGUGGACUACUUUUUGCAGGAUUAUACCGACGAGAUCAACAAGCAAAACCCUCUAGGAAUGCAUGGUGAACUUGCAGUUGCAUUUGGUGAGCUAUUGAGGAAACUUUGGUCUUCUGGUCGUACCUCAGUUCCACCUCGUGCUUUUAAAGGAAAACUUGCUCGCUUUGCACCCCAGUUUAGUGGAUAUAAUCAGCAUGAUUCUCAAGAACUUCUUGCCUUCUUGCUGGAUGGGUUGCAUGAAGAUCUGAAUCGAGUCAAGCAAAAGCCUUAUUUUGAGACAAAAGAUUCUGAUGGUCGCCCAGAUGAGGAAGUUGCAAAUGAGUUUUGGAGGUACCACAAAGCUCGAAAUGACUCGAUUGUGGUGGAUGUGUGCCAGGGUCAGUAUAAGUCGACACUGGUUUGUCCCGUUUGUGAGAAAAUCUCAAUCACAUUUGACCCGUUCAUGUACUUGUCUCUGCCGCUACCUUCAACGGCGAGUCGUCCAAUGACAGUAACGGUAUUUUAUGGAGAUGGAAGUACCUUACCAAUGCCAUAUACUGUUAAUGUUUUAAAACAUGGGUACUGCAAAGAUCUCUUCCAGGCAUUGGGUACUGCAUGUUGCUUAGGAAGUGAUGAGACUUUGGUUCUUGCAGAGGUAUAUGAUCACUAUAUAUAUCGUUACUUGGAGAACGGGGAUUUAUUGCAUACAAUCAAAGAUGAUGAAUGCAUUGUGGCCUACAGACUUUCCAAAAUACAAGCUGAAUUUUCGAAGCUAGAAAUAUGCCACCGAUAUCUGGAGAACUCGAAGGUGGGUGAGAGAAAGAAAUACUUGACACCUUUGGUUACCUAUUUAGAAGACGUAAAGAAAGGUGCAGAUAUUGAGUUAGCGGUUAACCGGGUGCUGGCUCCACUGAGAAGAACAGCUUUUUCAUCACUAAACAUGAGUGAGGGUGUAAAAGUAAAUGGAUUUGCUUCAGAACUCACCGAAGAGUCCACCAGUGAAUGUCCGAUGGAUACGGGAGCUAGUAGCCCAUUAAAUGACCUGAAAGACAACUUUAGUGAUGAAUUUUCAUUCCAGUUAUGCAUAACGAAUGAGAAGGGUAUGGGUUGCAAACCAAUCUCAAAAGAUUCAGUUAUAAAACCAAGCAAAUUAGUGAAGGUAUUUCUGGAUUGGACUGACAAGGAGCACGAGUCAUAUGAUGCCAGCUAUCUCAAGGACCUUCCCAUGGUGCACAAACCCGGGAUUACUGUUAAGAAGACCAAGCAAGAAUCCAUCUCGUUAUUUUCUUGUCUGGAUGCAUUCUUGAAGGAGGAGCCUCUAGGACCUGAUGAUAUGUGGUAUUGCCCUGGUUGCAAGGAACAUCGACAAGCAACCAAGAAAUUGGACUUGUGGAGACUGCCUGAUAUUAUAGUUUUCCAUCUAAAGCGAUUCUCCUACAGCCGUUUUUUGAAGAACAAACUUGACACAUUUGUGAAUUUUCCAAUUCACAACCUUGAUUUAAGCAAAUAUGUUAAAAGUGAAGAUCCAUCUGGUGGAUGUAAUGUGUAUGAGUUGUAUGCUAUUAGCAAUCAUUAUGGUGGCCUUGGUGGUGGUCAUUACUCUGCAUAUGCAAAGCUGAUUGAAGAAGAUAGAUGGUAUCACUUUGAUGAUUCUCAUGUAACUCCUGUAAGUGAAGGUGACAUCAGGACAUCAGCAGCGUAUUUGUUGUUUUACCAGAGAGUGAAAACUACUAAACCUAACGGACCAGUGGGAGAGUCUUCAGAAGUUCAGGAAGAUAUUUAAAAACUGGUAUCAUGAUUCACAAGCUAGUUAUUAUUGGGUUCACUGAAGUCAAAAUGCCAUGUAGUGACGCAUCAGCAUAUCAUUAUACAAGAUUUGGCUAAUGAAGUUAGGGAUUGAUUGACUGACAAGAGUGUUUGCAAGGAGCUGAAACACGAGUUUUUAAGGAUACGAUACAUUUUGAACACAAGGUGAUUUCAUUUCAGUGAUUCUGGGGAAAAGGAAUUUAUAUAAUUAGAAAGCAGAACGAUGUAGUUAUAUUGUUUUGAUGGCUGACUUAAAUGCCAUGGAAAUCGGAACAUUCUUGGAUGGAGCUUUGCUGGUAUUAAAAGCUUUUAGCAAUUUUCCAGCAUACUUGAUAUUUGAUUGUUAGAAUGAUUUUGCAGUUUUUUUUUAUUUCCCUUUUAAUUUUCUUGGUUAAAA